GUUGAAGCAGGACAAGGAAAAGAUUUCCUCAGCUGAAGCUGAAUUUUGUUGUCCAUCAUAAUUCGUCAAAAUGGUGUUUUGGUCUGUUGCGAAGCCUGCACUCGCCGGCGCAGUAUUCUUACUUUUGAUGUGUGUUCCAUCGGCCGUCAGCAACAGUGGGUCCCAGUCUCCUCUGCCGUCGAAAAACUGUGCGCUAUCGGUUUGGACAUCCUGGACACGCUGUGACCCCUGCCAGAAGAAGAGGUAUCGUUAUGCUAAGCUCCUGCAACCGGCAGAGUAUGGAGGAGAGCCCUGUAAUCACCAGGGCAGAGAAGAGGAGUCCUGCACUCCUCCAUCUCGCUAUCGUUGUGAAAGCACUCCGCUCUGCCAGGGGUUCCAGUGCACUAUCACAGGCCGCUGUGUGUUGCAGGCCCUCCGAUGUAACGGUGAUGAUGACUGCGGUGAUGGUUCUGACGAACGCAACUGUGACAAAGUUUUCAGAGCUUGUCCACACACAACUGAGGAAUACUGGGGAAUAGAAAACCUCGGCAAAGGGAUCAACAUUCUUAACAGUAACCUUGAGGGCGUUGUACUGGACAACCGAUACUAUGCUGGCGGCUGUGCACCCCACUUCUUUCAGGACAUACGCUACAGAAAGCCCUAUAAUGUACAGCACUACACUAUAGAGACUAAAGGCUCAUAUGACUUCAAGGGAGAGUCUUUUGCUUCGUACAGUGAUUUGAUGCACAACACUAUGACUGCAACCAUGUCCCAGACUAGUGUCUCCUUCAGCAUUGGCAUUCCUGGUGUCCUCGGUCUCGGCUUCAACUAUGCCGAUUCCAAGUACAAGAAGACAGCCAAGGGCCUUCGGCGUUAUUCAGGGAAGGAAUACAGCUUUGUCCGCACGCGCUUGCAGCUUGAGUUAGCCAAGUAUGCCCUGAAGGCCAUGGAUCUGAUGCUUCAUCCGGAGUUCCUGUCCCGGCUGCGAGCCCUACCGCUGGAGUACACGUACGGGGAAUACCGGCAGAUCUAUGUGGAUUAUGGCACACAUUACAUCACAGAGGCCACUCUCGGCGGUGAUCUAGAGCAUACCAUCGUCCUCAAUAGUGAGAAACUGAAGAAAUCAGACUACUCUCUCAGUGAUGCUAAGAACUGCUUUGAGUUUGGGCUAAAGGUGAGUUUCAGUGUAGCCAAGGUGCCAAUUUCAGCUGGAGUCUCUGGAGGACGCUGCUCUGGACUACUGAAGGAGGUUGGAGAUACCUUAAGCAAAGAAUCACUAGUGGAAGACUUUUUUGCCCUGGUGAGAGGUGGCGACAGUGAGACCGUCACUCGUCUGGCUGCUAAAGGUCUUCCCACGCCCGAAAUUAUCCAGCUGUGGGGAGAUGCAGUGCAGUACAACCCUGAUAUCAUCCGCAGCAAAAUGGCACCACUGUACACCCUGGUGACCUCUCGGGACUUUGUCAGUGCCAACACCCUACAGAGGAACCUGAAGAGAGCCCUAAAUGAGUACCUGGCAGAGGCAAGCUCCUGCCGAUGUACCCCCUGUCUCAACAACGGUCUGGCUGUUCUCAAAGGAUACAGAUGUGAAUGUGUGUGUCCAUCUGGCUACAGUGGCCUGAGCUGUGAAAAAACACAAAGACCAGGAAUAGCAAUAGAUGGGAACUGGAGCUGCUGGUCCGAGUGGUCAGCGUGCAGUGGGCAGAGCAAGCGACGAACACGGGAGUGUAAUAAUCCAGCACCGACGGAUGGCGGAGCCACGUGCCAGGGACCUCAUGAAGAAACAACAGAUUGUUUUUGAUGUUAACCAACCAGUUGACUGCAGACCAAAACAAAAUGUUCCCUUUGUUAAAAUGAACCUGACUUUGACUGUGUCAGCUAAACGGUUUUGCUGGCUCUCCGUGAUAGUGAGACUCAUGUUUAUGCCAUUGGUACAUAAAUAAACAGGACACUACUGUUUUAUGAA